UGUUGUUUAGAAACGUACGUUCGACUGACUGGCCAUAACUCGACCUUUGCUGGUCGCGUCGAAGUGUUUUCACGUGGAGUCUGGGGACGUGUCAUAAAUCAUCCUUAUUAUUGGCGUAAAAAGGAGGCUGACAUUGUGUGCAGGCAGCUCGGUUUCCCAGAAGCCAUCACCGCUGUGGGGUACUCAGCUUUUAGAGAGGGUUCAGGACCGGUUUUGAUGUCACGUGUACGGUGUCUAGGUACAGAGAAAACUUUACAACAAUGUUCAUACCAAGACUGGGUCAACAGCUAUCUUAGGCCAGGUUAUGAAGUGGGAGUGAUUUGCAAGACUUUUAAUUUAGAACCUGAUAACAAUGGUAAGCAAUUUUUAUAAAGACGGGGCUUAUUUAAGUUAUCUGGUCAUUGACCAUCGAUGGUCUACAUUACUUUCCUUUAAAAUUCAAAUUUUCUGCGCCCUGCGAAUUUCUGAAAGCUCAAAGGCUGAUUGCUAUAAAUGACAACAACAAAAACCUUGUUCAGUUUUCAAAUCCACCCUAACCCAUCCCCCGAAGUGACUGCCGGAAUAAAUUUCCUGGCGAGUCAAUCUUAUCGUGGUCGUAGAAGAGUGUUCUGAAAAAAGCAGUCCCGGCCUUGACGUGAGGUCCCUAGUGGCAAAAUGGAAAACAGUCACUCUAUUUUGUUCUAAAACGUAAAGGAGGGAUUGUGGUAAAAAGCCCUGUUUUCCGUUUAUUUCUGCCCUUUUGCAUCCAAAUCUACAAUCGGCGACAAAAUUGUUGAGACAUUGUACUCAAAUAGGGUAACUUCAGAGAACAAAAGAAUCCACACCCCUCCCCUCUCCCCAUGGCAUUGUUCAAAAUUGGGGUUUUUUGUUGUUUUCUAUUAUAAGUAGCUCGAUCAGCGACACAAUAUUGCAUGGAGGGGAUGGGGGAAAGGAAAAGCUUUAUUUUCCCCUUUUGAAGUUUUUUUUUUUACCGGUUUUUAUUGAAUUAAAGACAAGUUUUACAAUGUUAUUUAAUAAUCAUUAAUUAAAUAAAUUAUACAAUUCCACUUAAAUCAACACUAACCUAAGAGAAAAAAGAAAAAGGAUAACAUUAAAAGCGAAAAAAGGACAAAAAAUUACAACAACAGCAACAAUAACUAUACCAAACAGCUAAGGAAGAAAUUGGCAUUUUUACGAACCACUGUCUAUUAACUACUAUUAAGUGCAUUAGUUAGCUUCUACCACUUUUGACAAUGGAAAAGAAGUUUAUUUUUCUCCCUGGCGAUAUGGAGCUCAAAAUUGAUGACACGUCUUGCCCUAGCAAUAAAACCUCUAAUUGAAGCUACGCUACUUUGACAUUUCCCAUAGUAGAUGUAAUAUUUACCAAUUCACAUGCUUAGAAUAUAGUCUUCUACAAUAUCAAAUUUUCCAAAUAUCACAUCCGAUUCAUUAAUUGUCCCAACAUGAAGAUCAUUAUCUCUUAGGCAGGACAAGACAUGUUUCCAAAAGUCAGAAGAUAUCUUGCAGGAGAAGAGUAAAUGCUCGACGGAUUCGGCUUCUUCUUGACAGAAAGUGCAGUUUGGCGAUUCUACUACACCAAUUAAAUUAAGUUUCUCGUUUGUAAAGAUUAUACAAUUUAAAAUUCUGUAUGGAAAUUCCCACCUCUAGGGUGCUAUACGUUUCCUGAACGAAACAUAUAUCGGCAGGAGAUUUAAGCAGCCAAUUAAAAAUAGACUUUCUUCUACCAAAAGAGCGAAUUCCGCGAACCCUUAAUGACAAAAGUUUAUGUUUUGUCGCCCCAUGUCCAAAGAGAUAAGCUGUAAACUUCAAAUGAGAAGCCAACGCUAAAUACCAGAUAGACGUCCACCACCAAAACAAGGUGCCACUAAGCUCAUUUAACCCUCAUCUACCAUAAUUUCUUUUCUUCUCAUAUCAACAUCAUUUCACCCGAAAAAAACAAACAAACAAAACGCCCCCUUCACGCCAUGAGCCGGUCGGUCUUCAUCUCUUUUCCUUUUUCGUUAACGAUUAGAAAAAAAAAUAAAUAAAAAAAGGAAACUUUUCCUCUAGAGCACUCUGUUUAAUAUUAAACCAGUUAGAGACUUCUAAGCUCUAACCCUUAAGCAAAGUUUGUUCGUUCAUUACCGGUGUGAUAUGGGUAAAGACAACACACCAAAAAAAACUUUAAUCCCAUUUUCGUAGAUAAUCUGAUUCGCCUUCGAGGAUCCACCUUACCUUACGCUGGUCGAGUUGAAGUGUUUUAUACAGGAGUCUGGGGAGCAAUUAGUAGCAGAAACUGGGAUAUAAAUGACGCCACCGUAGUUUGUCGUCAGCUUGGCUACUCAGCUGGAGCGGAAGUGGCUUUAACGAACGGUGUUUAUGGUCUGGUCAGCGGUCCUGUUUGGAUUACCAAUCUCCAGUGUACUGGAAGCGAGUCAAAUGUUAUGGAAUGUGUUCAUGAUGGGCUUGGAAAUAAAACUGAAUGGCAGCAUAGAGCCUACACCGUCGCCAGUGUCAUUUGUAAGGACUCGUCAUUCAACAACGGUAACAAAAGUUUCCCUUGUAUAGUCACACACAGGUCUGCCUACGUCUCACUUUCUAAUCGUUACACUGCAUUAUAUAAUCACAAGUUUUUGAAUAAUUUUAUAAAUUCAAAAGGAGUUAAUUAGCGUUUCAUGAAUGCCACUAAAUCUGAAUCAGAUCCAACGAGCAAGCAUUAGCCUCAGCAUUUUGCUUCAUUUUUUCAGUUUGCUCAAUAGGCCACUUCUGAGUUCCAAGAACCUUCACUUUCAAAGUGAGGCCACGUGCACAACCUUCCUUGUGAAAAUGAGUUUUAUUUGCAUGAGAAUGAAAAAUUAUUUCCAUAUUGAAAGGCUAAGCACUUAACCUCGUUUUGAUAGAGAGGCCCGGGGAAACUCGGAAAAGACUCGCCUAUUUUAAUCCAUUGCAACUGCCGGUUAUUGUACCCCUGGCGUGAACAGCCCAUGUAAACUGUCCAUGUGUCAUUAUAUGGCUCUAAUUCAAGCCUCUUCUAUCCACAAAAUAUUUCAGUAAUGCCGAUUAGGCUACGAGGGUCACACUCAUCAAAUAUGGGACGAAUAGAGGUUAAUUACGCUGGAACGUGGGGUUCAGUUUAUGCAUCAGGAUGGGACAUUAAACACGCCACAGUAGCGUGCAGACAGCUGGGAUAUCAUUCAGCCUUCCUUACAGGAUCCACAAUUUUUUGUUCCUCUGAUAUCCCAAUGUGGUUCACUUACUUCAAAUGUUUUGGUGAUGAAACAUCCUUGGAACAAUGUGCUCGGGAUUUCUACCAAUAUUCGUCGUCUACAUAUUGUGCAAAUGUUGUAUGUACUAACAAAAUGACUGAAGAAGGUGAGAACUGUAAAUAUUAUUAAGUUAAUCGUUGCUCCUGUUUCUAUAACGGGGAACGGGAAACAAGCACGGGGAUCGGAAAAUGAAAAAUGUGACCAAAAGCAAACUUGAACCUUAGCCCUAUUAUCCAUUUUCUGUUUUUCCCAGUUUUCAUUUUGCCGUUCCCUGUUCCUCUUUUUACUGAGUAACAUACUAUUUUUUCGCUAUUUCAAGAACAAUAUAAUCACAAAAUUUAAUGCUGUGAAAAUUAUAUGAUGUUUUAAAACAGUUGGAACGGCAAGGUUGUUGUGACUUGCAGCCAGUUGAUGGCUAUAACUUAAAAACGAAAAAGAAAACUUAAACGCUAGAUUUUUAGUAUUUUCUUCUCCCACCAGGUGUGUAUAUUUUACUGCAGUUUAAUUAUAUUGAAGCGCGCGCAGCGGAGCCCUUUACGAACAAACAAACAUAAAGGAAAACAAGCUUUUCGGAAACAUUUCAGGCAUUCUACUUGCUCUCUUGAAUAAAAAGGUUUGUAGUUGUACAUCUUUCAUUGUAGUUUUAUUCACGUUUUGAUUGUCAGUCAUAAUUUUGCAAGGUUUUAUGCAGUUUUUCUUCCUUUUGUGGACUGCCGAGUCAGAAUGACGCGUGAAUGAAGUGGUUUAAGGAUGGAGUGUGAUUUGUGCCUGUGUUUACCCAUUAACUAACAUAUUUUUCCAUCAGCCUCGCCGAAAAGAAAGUACAUAUGCCGAUUAUUCUACCGACAGACUCGUGACUUUUCUGUAGUUUACGUCUAGUGCGCAUUUAGCCGCAUGAAAUACACAACACGCUAAGGGCGGUUUGUGUAGAGUGAAAAUUGUGAUUAUUCAUAGCGGGAAAUGUUAAAUAAGUUAUCAACCUUCCUUUUCGGCAGAAAAAACAAAAACCAAAAAGUAAAGUAUAACUUAUACAGUUACUGUUACUGAGUAUCAGAUAUUGUGAUAAAGUGUAGUUUGUCGGUCGAAUAUUGCAAAGAAAACGUAUUCUCGGCCUAACACAAAAAUCGGCCUAAUUUAUAAUUACCAUUUGGGUAGAAUACCUUUGAGACGGAAAGACCAAUAAACAUAAACACUGUGACCUGAAUGCAGCCGAAUGACAGCAAGACUUUAUUAAACGGCAUUAAAUUUUGUAGGCUAUUGGCUCUCAAAGGGGUGUGGUGGCGGAGUCAGUGAUGCACACGUACGGGGAAGAAUUCCUUUCCAACAUAGUUACUGUGAUCGAAUUUCACUAUAAUGUUCAUUGUCUUUUUGUUUUAAAAUCAGAUAAGUAUAAACUUCUGGAUUUGCAUAGAUUGAAGCUUAUUCAUUUCAAUUUUUUGGUUUUAAGUAACUUUAAAAAAGUUUUUAACUGGACGCUUCACUUUUAGCCUUGGAUAAAUCUAUAUAAUAUACAUAUAAAUCUAUAUAAUCUAUUCAAACACGGAUUUCCGGAAACAUUUUUAGGCGAUUUUUCGUGAUAUUUAUAUCUAUAGACUUAGGCUGAGUGGAGAUUUCUCCUUAAAAUGCCACGAAAUCUAUUUUUCACCUCUAGCACCCGAGGUGAGACUCAGGGGUUCUCCAGUUCCUCACGCUGGCAGAGUAGAACUUCGUAUCAAAGGUAUCUGGGGAACGAUUUUCCAAGUAAACAGUUGGUAUUACACUCUCGGUCCAGGAGCAACUCGCGUAAUAUGUAGACAGCUUGGAUUUUCGGACGCUGUGAUAUCUGCUGGUAAUUCCGUGUAUAGACCUGGAGUGGGCCCCGUGUGGUUGCGCAGUAACCAUCUGCGUGGAUGUUUGGGACACGAGAAGAACAUAUUGAAUUGCUCAAACAGCUCACCUCGUGUUACAAGUUAUUAUGGUCAUAGCGGUGAUGCAAGUGUUGUAUGCAAGCCAAACACGUCACAUACCAGUGGUAAGUAGGAAAAGCUUAUGCAUCAGUCAAUUCUAAAUGCGACCCCCACCCAACCAACACAGCACUCCCCAACCCCCCAACAGAUAGAAUACUUAUUUAGCCAUACGUUGCACUUUUUUUUCUUCCCAAAAGCCGUGAAUUACAAUAAAAUAAUAACAAUUUAACGCCUGUGAUAAAAUUUACACAUAUACAUCAAUAUUUAUCAAUAUAUUAUAAUAUCUUGACCAAUAUAUUAUAAUAUAUUGACUACCCUACCCUAGGAAUAAACGUUAUAAGAGCCCGGUUCAACUGAGUAGCAGUGAAGAAACUAAACUUCGAUAGAGAGAUUGAGGGAAACUAGUCUGUCCUUAAUUGCUCCGAAGGAUCUUUCGCAUUUUAAUUCGUCUGAUAAUGCAUUCCAGAAUUUUGCCCCGGUGUAAGCAAAGCUUUCCGGUAACAAUCUGUUUUAACUGCCGGCAAGGCUAGAUUGCAUUCCACCUUGAGGUCCUUAGAUUAUAUGCCGAGCGCCCGCUGAUACUCGAAAGCAUUUCCUGUAAUUACGCUGGGGCCAUAUUCUCCUAUCACGUUUAUUUACUGUUGGUGUUCGAAUUUCGUGGGAAAAGUUGUGUUGGAAAGGGAGCAUGGCCGCCAAGAUGCCAGCUAGUGUCUCCUACCUUGUGUAUUACGUUGUAUGGAGGGUGAAUUUGAGCAAAUUAUGAUGAAAAUUCGUUGGAGUAUUAAGGAAAACAGCAACUAUAUAACUGCAGAGUUGCAAGUUUUAUUGACCUUUAUUUUGUAUUUCCUACAAAUUUUAGGAGUGUAUUUUUACCCAAUACAAACACUACUAUUUAUUGAACCGUACUGUGGUACUAUCACAGAGCCUGUGGGUUACUUGUAGUCAAAUUUGAAACUGUAACAAAAAGGCCUAAUCUUUUUUAAGACUUCUAUACCAGAUGAUACUUUUUUUUUUACACUAGUGAUAAACUCUUCAAAAACAUUUGCUGCUGGCUACUUUAUCAUAGCGAUUCCGAAAUUCUGUUUAUAGAGAUAUCGAGCCCUUUCUCUUGUUUUAGAGUCACUAUUCUUUGCCUUAAACCAAAUAGCAUUAAUAUUCCGUUUUUAAAGUGAGCCUGUUUGCUAUCAGCUAAUUUUGCUAUCAGCCACAUUCAUAUGGUACUGUAGUUCAGGGAAGCUGCAAGCGGUGAAAGUCAAAUUAUUAGCAUCAUCUGCAUACAUUCAUGUGGUAACAUAAUCAUUUUAGUAUUCAUUCAAAAUAUUUCCCCGAUUCUGAUUGGCUAAAAGCACACGCAUAAUUGACUAUAACCAGCUGCUAAACUGUCAUAUUGAACCGUUGACCAAGGAAACCCGGGCACGAGGUUGAGUUGUUUUAGUUGUUUGAACAAAAUGGCGGAACUGUAGGGCGGACAUUGUACUCGUUUCACGGCGAAAUAUUGUCUAAAAACAUAGGAAGAACAGUGAGAAGUCAACUCGACGGACAACAUCUGCUAUUUAGAGUAUUUUUGCAGACCUGAGCAGAUCUUUAUCUGCUAAAUUUCCCGAAAAAGAUGCAGUAUCGAUGUGAACUUAACAUCGGCCAAGGUAAGCAUUUUUAGCUUGUUUUUAAAGUUGGAAUUAUUUUGAAUGAAUAAUAAAGCAAUUAUUCGGCGUAUCGCAGGAUAUGAAGAAUUCUGCAGAUCUCGGAGGGUGUUAUCCACCUCCGCCUUCGGCCUCGGUGGAUAACAACCUCAUUCAAUACUCAGCCUUAUUCAAUAAUUGCUAAAUAUUACAAAUAUUAGAAACAAGAGUGGCCCAAUUAUACAACCCUGGGGAACACCACAUUUUAGAAUGGAUUUCUCGGAGAUUACGCUUAUCAGUCCCCUGUUUAUAUUAAAAUACGCCUGAUUGGUAAGAUCAAGAAGGGCAGUUACUGUUCACUGAGGGAAUCUGAAGACAUAUUGACGAGGAUCUAACGUUAUUUAUAAUUAAAUAGUGGUAGACUUGCUCAUAGACUAGACCCUGGAUACGGUUAAUAAGACUGAUAUUGGUCUAUGAUUACUGAUUUGGAUUAUUACGUUCACCUACUUUGAACAAAGGGAAAACUUUGCCAACUUCCAGUCAUCAGGAAAUUCUAAACCUCUUAGUGUAAAUAACCGAAGCAGCAAACUUGAGGAUUUUUUUUGCAUAUUUGAUCCAAACCAGUUCCUUUGGCUAUAUCUAAUUUUGACAGUAACUUUAAAACUCUUGCAGGUUUCAUUUCGGUAAACUUAGGUAAUCUUCAGCAUAAUAUAGAUGCUGUAGGAAGAUUUUUGUUUUAGUCAGUUACUCGGCUAUUUAGUCCCCGGAUAGCCAUAAAGUUAUCGGCCGUUUUCUAAAGUUUACUCAUGCCAAAACAGCUAGGCUGCCCCGCCACUGCCCGGAAACGAGGUUUGAUUGGACAUUGGGGCAGUAUACCAUCGAAUCGAAUCCAUUAUAUCUUGGCUGCAUCUUUCAAAUAAUUAUGCAAAACGCCUGAUGAAGAAUUAGUCGGAGGAUUUGGGCCAAUCAGAAAAGGAGAAAUACUUUGAAUUAAUAAUGAUAAAGCUGCAGCCUGCGUGCUUAUGAGGGCAGGCGAUAUAAGCAUAAACAUAAAAGAAUGCCAAAUACACCAUUAAAAUACCAAACUUUUCCGCGCGAUUUGAUUACAGACACACUGUUGAUGUCGCAGAAAAUUUGCCUCCUAUAUUUUGCCCAAAUGGGGCACAGUGUGGAAAAGCAAGUGAUAAAGGAAUCGAAAUACCUAUAUCGCGCAGAAUAUCUGGACUAUAUUGAUUUUCCAUAAACAGCGCGAAGCAGCAAGUUAGAAUACCUUUGUGCUUUGAAAUAUCCUUGUUAAGAGAAUAACGCCCAAAUACGCACUCGCUAGGGUUGAACAAACCCUCCUGUUUUUAUCCGCGUUUACAUUUCAUUUGUUUCGUUGCAGACUUUCAGGUUCGCUUAAAUGGAUCCAACCUCUCUUCUGCGGGCACAAUAAAUGUGUUGUAUUAUGGAAUCUGGGGUGGUAUUCUUAGCCAUAAUGUUGACAUUCGUGUAGGUCACGUGGUUUGCCGCCAACUAGGAUAUUCUAGAGCUGAACGGAUUUUUAGGUACCCAUCGUUUGGGCGAGUGAUAGGCCCAUUGUGGAUAUGGAGCAUACAGUGUAAUGGCAACGAAAUAGAAAUAUCUCAGUGCAAAGUGGAAACUUGGGACAAAAUCUGGAAGACAUCAUGGUAUCACCGGCGUUAUUAUUAUAGAUAUUAUCAACAACGACCACGAAAUGCCGCUAGUUUGCUGUGUAGUAAAGAAAAUUCGAGCCUUUCAAAAGGUGAAUUACGGUGAUAAAUAUUUGAGAAAACAGCCUUCUUUUCCACUGCCGUUUUAAAAGGGGAUAGAAAAAUAAUUUCAUCCCCCGCCCAAAAAAAGAACAUUUUUACAUGUUCCUGGUCAUUUUCCAAAAAAUAUAUUAAGUUUAAGAUGAGACCUAAAAUCAAGUGGACGAAUAGCACAAAACAUCACAAAAGAUUGGCUUCUUCAAACUAAACAGCGAGCAAUGAUUUUCAGGCUGAAGGAAGAUAGUGGGAGAAGGGAGGGAGAUAUUGAGUGCCCAGAAAUGUCGUUGACCACAAAGCAUAGUUCGUAAGUGAUAAGGAAAUACCUUUGGAAAAGAAAUAACAAAUCAGGAUGGAUACAGAUGUUUCAACCUAAAAAAAAAAGCCAAAAUUCUUAAAUAAAUAGCUAUCUUCAGAAAGAAAAAACAAUUUCGCUGAUGAAACUUCUGCGAUGGAAGCAAAAGCUUCGAAUUUGAAAACGUUCUCUCCAAUGAAAUAACUCACAUUUUUCUUGGUUUUAAAAGUUUUAAAUUUGAGGCUUGCUGGUGCACCGAUCUCUAACGCUGGGCGAGUAGAAGUAUUAUAUGCUGGUGUGUGGGGUACGAUUCGUGGUCGGAAUUGGGAUUUCAAUGGUGCUCACGUGGUGUGUCGCCAGCUGGGAUACCCUGGAGCUAUAUUAUUUGGAAGCAGCAAUCAGUUUGGGAUCGGAAAUGGACCGUCGUGGUUUCAAAACGUGAGAUGUCUGGGGAAUGAAUCCAGUUUCGAAGAAUGUUCAAAAGAUAUCCUGGGGUACCCGAAUGGCGGCUACUUGUCAGUGGCAACGGUGCUGUGUAAAUCCAAACCCCAACCAGGUGAG